AGAGAGAGAGAGAGAGAGAGAGAGAGAGAGAGAGAGAGAGAGAGAGAGAGAGAGUAACACACACAUACCAACGACAGACUCUGAAUUUCUGCUAUAAAAAAAUAUCAACGUGUGGUACUAUUUAUUUUUCCUUGCAAUUUCUUCGUUAUUUUUAAUAAGUUCAUUUAUAUAGAUAUUAUUGUGACACAUAUUUGAUUUAUUUUAUCUUUCACUAUCAUUAUGAAAACGUGUGGCAUGUGAUCUAUGGGAACGGUGUACAGUUUAUCAGACGCUGUUGUGACGAUUUUAAAACUCGAGUGACCAGAAAAGAGAGUUGAAGAUGGAUUUUGUUUUAGCUUCCUCUUACAGAAGGUGAGAAAAAAAAACCCUUAAAAAAAAAACAACCAAUCGAGUCUCCACGACAACCACAAUGGUGAUGUCACAAUACCGCCAGCAGCAGCACAGGUCAGUGUGGGGGAGGAGCUACUACGGCUGUCACGCCCUGUGGCUCCGCCUCCUCUGUCUGGUGGGGGUGUGGUCAGGGCAAGCAUCGUCGGCGACCCAAACGCACGCCAUCAAAAUCGAGGGGGAUAUCACUCUGGGGGGGCUGUUCCCCGUGCACGCCAGGGGUCCGGCCGGGCUACCCUGCGGGGAGGUGAAGAAAGAAAAGGGGAUCCAUCGCUUGGAGGCCAUGCUGUACGCUCUGGACCAGAUCAACAGCGACCCCGAGCUGCUGCCCAACAUCACGCUGGGGGUGCGAAUCCUGGACACCUGCUCCCGGGACACCUACGCCCUGGAGCAGUCCCUCAGCUUCGUCCAGGCCCUCAUCCAGAAAGACAUGUCCGACGUGCGCUGCUCCAACGGGGAGCACCCCCUCAUCCGCAAGCCCGAGAGGGUCGCGGGGGUCAUCGGGGCUUCGGCCAGCUCCGUGUCCAUCAUGGUGGCCAACGUGCUGAGGCUCUUUGCGAUCCCUCAGAUCAGCUACGCCUCGACCGCUCCGGAGCUCAGCGAUAAUAACCGCUACAACUUUUUCUCACGAGUGGUGCCCCCAGAUUCGUACCAGGCGCAGGCGAUGGUGGACAUCGUCAAGGCGAUGGGCUGGAACUACGUGUCCACACUGGCGUCAGAAGGGAACUACGGCGAGAGUGGAGUGGAGGCUUUCCUGCAGAUCUCGAGGGAGGCAGGCGGACUCUGCAUCGCUCAGUCCCUCAAGAUCUCUCGAGAACCCAAACCGGGCGAGUUUGACAAGAUCAUCAAGCAGCUGAUGGAGACUUCUAAUGCUCGCGGGAUCAUCAUGUUUGCAAACGAGGACGACAUCAGACGCGUCCUGGAAGCAAUAAAGAAGGCCAAUCUCACGGGUCACUUCCUGUUUGUGGGCUCGGACAGCUGGGGCUCGAAGAUCUCUCCGAUCCUUGACCAGGAGGAUGUAGCGGAAGGGGCGGUCACUAUACUGCCCAAGAGAGCCUCCAUCGAGGGGUUUGAUCAGUACUUCACCUCGCGUUCCCUGGAGAAUAAUCGCAGGAACAUCUGGUUCGCUGAGUUCUGGGAGGAUGACUUCAAGUGCAAGCUGACGAGACCCGGGAUCAAACUGGAAGACGGCAAGAAGAAAUGCACGGGGGAAGAGCGGAUCAGCCGAGACACCCCGUACGAGCAGGAGGGGAAGGUGCAGUUUGUGAUCGACGCGGUGUACGCCAUGGCCCACGCCCUGCACAGCAUGCACCUGGACCUCUGCCCCGGUGCCACAGGCGUCUGCGAGAAGAUGGACCCGGUGGACGGGCAGCAGCUGCUCAGCUACAUCCGUGCCGUCACCUUCAACGGCAGCGCUGGGACUGCGGUCAUGUUCAAUGAGAAUGGAGACGCUCCAGGACGCUAUGACAUCUUCCAGUACCAUCUCUCCAACACCUCCACACCCGGCUACAGAGUCAUCGGACAGUGGACUAACCACCUGCGGCUGAACGUGGAGGACAUGCAGUGGUCGGGCGGCGAGCGGGCGACCCCCGACUCCGUGUGCAGCUUCCCCUGCAAACCGGGGGAGCGCAAGAAGAUGGUGAAGGGGGUGGCGUGCUGCUGGCACUGCGAGCUGUGUGACGGGUACUGCUACCAGGCGGACGAAUUCACGUGCGACACCUGCCCCUUCGACAUGCGCCCGACCGCGAACCGCACAGCCUGCCGCCCCACGCCCAUCGUCAAGCUGGAGUGGCACUCGCCCUGGGCCCUGCUGCCCAUGUUCCUGGCCAUCCUGGGCCUCCUGGCCACCUCGUUGGUCAUCGGCACCUUCGCGAGGUUCAACGACACGCCCAUCGUGCGAGCGUCCGGCCGAGAGCUCAGCUACGUGCUGCUCGCCGGCAUCUUCCUGAUCUACGGCAUCACUUUCCUGAUGAUCGCUGAGCCGGGGGACGUGGUGUGUGCGUUCCGCAGGCUCUUCCUGGGUUUGGGGAUGUGCAUCAGCUACGCGGCUCUGCUCACCAAGACCAACCGCAUCUACAGGAUCUUCGAGCAGGGCAAAAAAGCCGUCACCCCACCCAGGUUUAUCAGCCCCGCCUCCCAGCUGGGCAUCACUUUCAGCCUGGUCUCCUUGCAGGUUCUGGGGGUGUUCAUCUGGUUCUGGGUGAUCCCCCCUCACACCACCGUCGAUUACGAGGAGCAGCGGCCCUCGAACCCGGAGCUGGCCCGCGGGAUCCUGAAGUGCGACAUGUCCGGCCUGUCUCUGAUCUGCUGCCUGAGCUACAGCAUCGCGCUGAUGGUCACGUGCACCGUCUACGCGGUGAAGAGCCGCGGGGUCCCACAGACCUUCAACGAGGCCAAGCCCAUCGGCUUCACCUUGUACACCACCUGCAUCAUCUGGCUGGCAUUCGUGCCCAUCUUCUUUGGGACCGCCCAGUCCACUGAGAAGAUGUACAUCCAGACCACCACGCUGACCAUCUCCAUGAGCCUGAGCGCCUCCGUGUCCCUGGGGAUGCUGUACGUGCCGAAGGUCUACGUGAUCCUCUUCCACCCGGAGCAGAACGUGCCCAAGCGCAAGCGCAGCUUCAAGGCUGUGGCGCAGGUGGCCACCAUGUCCACGAGACUGGCUCAGAAGGCCAGCGAGAAGCAGAACGGGGAGGCCCAGCCCGAGGAGAGCCGGGACAGUAAGUAGCAUCGCAAGUGCUCCCAAGAUGUCUUAUAUCAACUACAGCAACCCUGAUAUCUAGCGACAGCGAUGAGAAGGAUGGAGAAGAGUUCAGAGACCUCACAGCACCCCGCAGCCCAGCGAAGCGCAGACACAGCACAGAGCGACUCUGUGUCAACUGCACAGUGGGGGAAUCUCAAAUCGUGCUGAUCAAAUAAAAAGAACAAACACUGAGGCGAGAUACUAGUCAAACAAAGAAGAAUUUUUUUUUUUU